UACAUACAGGUAACAUGGUGGUAUAUAUUGUAUCUUACAUCAGAUACAAAGGAAUUGAUCCUCAUCUGACUUAUCAGACGGCGGCACUUAUAGUGGCGGCAAUGAAAGUUGGGCAUGGCCUGUCGAUGUCAGCCGGAGGUUAUUUAGAAAAAAGGCUUGGAGUAAGGCUGGCCACAUUCAUCGGGGCUGUCGUUUUCAAUGUGGGAGUAUUUGCCUCUGCAUGGGCAAUGACAGUUUCAUUUUACUUCCUACUUUUCACCUAUGGCUUCCUGUUUGGUUUCGGGAGCGGACUUGCCUACACCCCUCCUUUGAUCUGUGUUAUGAAGUGGAUGCCUAAUCAUAAGGGUGUGGUCAACGGUUUGACCGUGGCCGGAUUCGGAGCCGGUUCUUUGGUCUUCAACCUCGUCCAGACGCUCUUUAUAAACCGGGAUAACCUCCAACCUGACAUCAGGGACACCGAACAAGGUGCUGAACAAUGGUUUUAUUCUCAGAAUGAGGUCCUGGACCGCGUUCCUUUUUCGUUUAUUCAACAAGGAAUCAUCUUCUCUAUCAUGCAAAUCAUUGGCAUUGUUCUCCUUGGUGAUCCACCAACCAUCAUCAAGAGAUCAAGAAGAUACGCCAUCAGGCGUAAACAAAAACCGAUAACCGAGAAAUCGGGUAUACUGAUGAACGAACGACCUCUAUCAGGUUCCGAAAACGACGACGACGGUUCAGCGACCGCAGAGGGCGCUACAGGAGAUGUGCACCACGAACAGUCUUCUACGGGUGAGAGUGCCAACACUGGAAUUCAAGCAGGGACAGCGAUCGCUGAGGAAACUGAUGGAGACAAGUCCCAUCUAGACAACGGUGCUUCGACCUCGACGUCGAGGUCGUCCGGGGAAUCGAUGGGCGACUUGGACCGGAGAUGGUCUGGGAAGACGCUGGCGCCGUUGGAGAUGCUAAAGGACUCGUCCUUCUGGUAUCUCGCCUCAUCGUUCUGCAUGAAUAGUUUUGUCAUCCUCUACAUUACGUCUCUAUACAAGGCAUAUGGACAGACCUUUAUUCGUGACGAUCUGUUCCUGGCUAUUGCGGGAUCAUGUGCCUCUGUCUCUAAUGCCGUGGGUCGAGUGUUCUGGGGACAUAUAGCUGAUAGAUUUUCAUUCAAGGUCUCUUUUAUUACUCUGUCUGCCGUAAUGUCCGUCUUCACAUUUACAUUUGGGUUAAGCUUCUACGGCAGCAAGAUAAUGUUCUUCAUUUGGCUGGUUGUCAUAUUCUUCUCGAUAGGGGGCGUCUUUUCUACCGCUCCAACGGCCACAUCAAGGUAA